CUCCCAGAGGCCGCUAAUCGCACAUGGGUUUAGCUUGGCAGCCUUCUUGCCACGCGUAGAGGAAAGCGGCGUUUUCGUUUUGAUCCUUCCCCCUGUUCUGAGAGGUCGACUCGAGAAGAUGCGGGCGUUGGAGCGGGUGUUACUGAGAGGCUUUCCCAGCGCGGCAGAGUCGCCGCGGUGGAAACAGAACGAGGCGGCUUCGGCUGCAGAAAGUGGGUCCUUGUUGCAGUUGUUGUUGGAAGGGAAUUAUGAAGCCAUCUUACUAAGUAAAGCAGUCCAGAAUAUCUUCACGAGACCUGUAAGAGCAGAAGAAGAAACCAUUGACAACUAUUUAGAAAAGCAGGUUCAGGGUUAUCUGGACUAUUCUUCUGCAGACAUUGAUUCUAUGGAAAGACAAAGUGUGGUGUUUCUCCUUGGUGUGGGCACCUUGCAGUUGUUUGUUCAGAACAACUGGACCGGACCUCCUGUUGACUUACGACCUCAGGACUUUCUGCCAUCUGAAUUGUUACAACAAUACAGUGAGCCAGCAACAUUGUCUACAGCUAUCUUAACUGUGCUGGUUCUAGAUGGUGAAUCGGUCUACAGCCUGACUUCCCAUUCCUUCUUGCUGUUGUUAGCUAGAACAGUGCUUGUGAAUUUGAGACAUAAGCUAGAAGCUAUUCAGACAUUGCCCUGGUGGACUUUACGAUGUGUGAACAUUCACCAGCAGCUGCUAGAAGCAAGAUCACCUGAACUGUUUGCUGUUGCGCAGGCUUGUAUACAACAAGUGUUUGAAAUUGAGACUUUGUUCACCGAUGAUGAAUGUUGGCAUCUUGCCGUUCAGUUCCAUCUAGAGUGUGCUUACACGUUUUUGAAUUACUAUGAAUAUAAAAAAGCUAAAGAACACUUCCUUGCAGCUAAAGACAUAACAAAAUUGCAGAUUGAUUUGACAGGUGCUUUGGGGAAAAGGACAAAAUUUCAGGAGAAAUAUGUAGCACAGCUUGUAUUAGAAGUUCAGAGGAAAGAUAACAUCCUUCUUCCUCAUCGGGAGCUUAGUCCAGCACCUACUCCACUGGAAGAGUUAACUAAGAAUUUUUCUUUAAAUGAUGACACAGUGUUAAAUGAAAUACAGUUUGUGGAAUCUCAUCAGAACCAGAUGCCUGACCUGUGUGCAGAAGAGCUUGCUGUUAUUCUUGGAAUGUGCAUAAACUUUCAAAAGAACAACCCAGUCCAUAAGCUUACAGAAGAGGAGCUGCUUGCUUUUACAUCCUAUCUGCUCUCUCAACCAAAGUUCUGGGCAAUUCAAACUUCCGCUUUGCUUCUCCGGACAAAGCUUGAGAAAAGAAGUAUUCGUCGAGUGGAGCGGGCAAUGAGACAGACGCAGGCUCUUGCAGACCAGUUUGAAGAUAAGAAAACAUCAGUUUGUGAACGUAUGAAACUAUUUUACAGUUCCCAAGUUCCUCCAAAGUGGGCAAUACAGCGUCAGCUUGCAAGCUUACUGUUUGACCUUGGAUGCACCAAUUCAGCUCUGCAGAUCUUUGAAAAGCUUGAAAUGUGGGAGGAUGUGGUUAUCUGUUAUGAAAGAGUAGGACAGCAUGGAAAGGCAGAAGAAAUUUUGAGGCGGGAGUUAGAGAAGAAGGAAACACCAAGUCUGUAUUGCUUGCUUGGGGAUGUUCUUAAUGAUCAUUGUUACUAUGAUAAAGCCUGGGAGUUGUCAAACCACCGCAGCGCCAGGGCUCAGCGCUCCAAGGGUCUUCUCCAUCUUCACAGCAAGAACUUCAGGGAAUGUAUAAAGUGCUUUGAAUGCUCCGUGCAGAUUAACCCUAUGCAGUUGGGUGUGUGGUUUUCCUUGGGCUGUGCCUAUUUAGCUUUGGAAGACUAUGAAGGUGCUGCCAGAGCAUUUCAGCGCUGUGUGAUACUGGAACCUGAUAAUGCUGAGGCUUGGAACAAUCUAUCAACUGCAUAUAUCAGAUUAAAACAGAAAAUCAAAGCAUUCCGGACUCUUCAGGAAGCUCUCAAAUGUAAUUACGAACAUUGGCAGAUUUGGGAAAAUUAUAUUCUCACCAGUACUGAUGUUGGAGAAUUUUCAGAAACCAUUAAAGCUUAUCACAGGCUUAUGGAUCUACAGGAAAAGUAUAAAGAUGUCCAGGUGCUGAAGAUACUUGUAAAAGUAGUGAUGGAUGGAGUGGCUGAUCGGAAUGGAGAGACAGCAGCAGGGUUAAAGGGAAAACUGCAGGCACUCUUUGGAAGAGUAACUUCGCGAAUUACAAAUGAUGGAGAAAUCUGGAGACUGUAUGCAAGACUUUAUGAAAAUGGGCAGAAUGAUAACCAUGAAGAUGUUGAAAAGGCAUUACAGUAUCUUACCAAAGCACAUAAAUGUGAAAUCCAAUCAAAGGACUGGGACAAAGAUAUUUCUUCUUUUAAGGCAGUGGCAAAAGGUGCUCUGGAGCUUGCUAAUGUCUCAAUAAAGUGCAGCAGAACCAAGACUAAUUACCAAGAAGCAUUGCAGAUACUCUCUUCAGCUCGACUCAGCUUGCGCAGUUUGGUAGCCAAAGCAAAGCAACUUUUUGCGGAUGCCGUGGUUGGCAACAUUUCCAGUGACCUAGCUGAAGAAGUGGCAGCUAUGGAGAACUUGAUAAUGGAAUUACAAGAACUUAGCAACCAGCUAAAGAAUCGGACGUGAGAAAAAGAAGAUACUUUCCCUGGAGGAAGGGAGGAUAGGAGGGAGGGGCAAGCUUGGCACAGUUUGUGGGCUCCUGUUUGUGCUAAGGAGUUUGCAGUAAAUCAAAUACCCAAAGGCACUUUCUAAUAAAUAUUUUUCCAUACAAUACAGCUUUUAAUUGUGGCCAGCUUUGCAAAGUGUUUUUAAGCUUAUGUCUGUUCAGUCUCAAUUUGGGUGAAUGUGUGAUUACUCUUGGCCUAGGUUUUAUAGAACAAACUGUUUUUUAUUUAGAAAUCCUUUUUUUACUUAGCAUUAGUUCUGCUCAAGUGCAUGGCAUAAUUGGCUCUUUUCCAUAGCUGUGCACUUCGCAGAUAGGAGAGAUUAAAGAGUCCUGUUGAUGUUAGAUGGGGAAAGGAAAGGGGUACUUAGUUUGUUCUUGUUUUAAUUGAGUUCAGGAAGAGACAUUGAAGAAAAUCAAACAAAAAUGGGAAUGGCUCUUUUCUGUGAUGUUGAGAACAAAUAUAAUGCUGCAACAGACCCAAUUGUGAUUGCCUUAUCUCUGCAGUUUCCACACAAACAGUAGCUCGCACUACCGCAGCAACACUAACCACAGUCAACUCAUUUGUUUUCUGCAAAGCUGCAGGCUCUGGCCUCUAGGAACUUGUCUGCCUUUCUAGAACCCAGGAGCAUUGCAGAACCAUCCAUGGUUCCACUCUCCUAUGUUCCCACACAGGAACUGUCAGAGCAGCACCAAUAGCACCUGCUCGAGAAAAGUGUUGGCUCUGCAUCCCCACGAAUCUCAUCUAAAAAUGAGUGCUAGCAAGAUCAACCUUGCUAGAUCAGAUCAGGACUGUUUAGUUAUGCACUGCAUCUCUAGCAGCACCAGCCAGAUGCCUUGGGGAGCAUUUGUUAGCUGGCCGUGAAGGGAGGAAACCAUCUCUCUUCUUUUCUCCAGUAUUUGCAUAGCUGUUGUAAAGAGCUAUUGGGCAGUAUAAAAAUGAAACGAAAGAUGACAGACAGAGAGACAGAGAGUUGUAUAAACUGAUUUUACUUUUUGUGUAUAAUUACUGCAUUCUGUCUGGAAGAUCUCAAGUUCUUCAUGCUGUACGUAAUUAUAUAAAUCUUAUUAACACUGCCUGCCGUUACUUUUCCUUCAUAGACUAAAACCCCCAACUUUUGUUGUAUAGAGGUGCUUCAACCAUGUCAUCAUUUCAAUAUCUUCUUUGGCUCAGCUACCUUUCUAUAGAUGGAGUGACAAGACUGGCACACAGUAUAUAAUGUGUAUUAUUUUCAGUCUGCUUUCCAAGGAGUCCUGGCACUGAGUUUGUUUUUUCCACUCCUGCAGCAUGAAGAAUUGCCAUUUCACAGUGCUUUCUACUGUGCCCAAACCAUCUCCUCCGUAUAAUAAAAUAUUGCAGUAUUUUAAGAGAACCUGAAAA